CUCUUUACUCACCUCGCUUCUCAACCUUUCCUCUGGCUCGUAUGUAUCAUCAGAGCUCUUGCCCCUAUGGCCACCUCCGAGCCAUCCUGAGAUGCUAGAUGCUGGCAUUGUGUUUCUGCGGGAGAACACCCCGGACAUCGCCACUUGGCCGCACAUUCAUAUUGGCCUGUCUGGACCUAAAAUGCAGCUCUCCCAGCCUUCUGUACAUACCUUUCCUCCCCAACCGAUCAAUAGUCAACCAACCAUCCAACAAGCCAAAAGCCCUGCACCAGUUUUCAGGCACACCCGCCCGCCAGUCAUGCCUCAUAAUAUCACCAAAAGACCGGCACCACAGGAGCCAGAGCAACAGGGAGCUAUCGCAGAUUGUCUUUCAGGUUCAGCUCCCUUCAGAUAUGCAGCCGUCUUCUCAGCAGAGGCGCCCGAAGAGACAGCGCUGUCUGUCAAACAAGACUCCAUCAGUAGCAGCGCCCCCGCUAGCACCAGCGCCAGCGCCAGCACCGACGAAAGAGCAAUGUGGACUACGCUGUGAAUGCUGAACGAAUAAUGGACUUCUUGAUAAACGUGUUCCAAAAGGAGGUGGCGAGGCACGUUAAUGCGGACGUCGAUUACA